AUGAAGAGGUUCUACUGGUCCGACUCUCAAGACGUCUUAUGCUGGAUCAACUCCGACCACCGGCGCUACAGCCAAUUUGUCGGUUUCCGUAUUACUGAAAUUCUAGAGUUGACCGAACCUCACGAAUGGCGAUAUAUACCUAGCAAACUGAACGUAGCCGAUGAUGCUACCAAGUGGGACGGACUUCCUGAUCUUUCUAUUGGAAGCAGAUGGUUUCAAGGCCCGAGUUUUUUGUGGGAAGGUGAGGAGAAAUGGCCAUCAUCUACCAAACGCGGUGGACAAACGAGCACCGAGUUACUGAUAAGUCUGUUAGCCCAUCAUACGUCUCCAGAGCCGAUCAUUUGUCUUCAAAACUUUUCGAGCUGGAAACGUUUACAGCACGUCAUGGGACUUGUCUUAUGGUUCAUCACGAACUGCCGUCUCAAGACACAGCGAAGAAUUGUCAACUUGGGACCUUUGAAUAACGUUGAACUCCGUACGGCUGAAUCGCGACUGAUACAAAUCGCGCAACAGGACGGAUACCCGGAAGAAAUUCAUACACUACAGAGUACAUUGAAACUCACCGCAGAACCAGCAAAACUUCUCUCUAAAUCAAGUACGCUAUACAAGCUCACUCCGUGGAUCGAUGAUCGAGGCAUAAUGCGGAUGAAGACGCGUAUCAAUGCGUGCCAGUUCGCUACAGAGGAUGCGAAGAAUCCCAUCAUCCUUCCAAGAAAACACCACCUAACCACCCUUAUCAUACACCACUACCACAAUAAAUACCACCAUCAGAAUCAUGAAACAGUGAUUAACGAGUUACGGCAGAAAUAUCAAAUCGCUCGUUUACGCACAUGCUACAAUCAAGUUCGUCGGAAUUGCCAAAGAUGCAAAAACGAGCGCGCAGUACCGAUCAACCCGAUCAUGGCCGACCUGCCACCUGGACGUCUAGAGGCAUUUUCUCGACCGUUUACUCAUACGGGUAUCGACUAUUUCGGUCCCAUUGAAGUUGCUGUCGGCAGAUGA